AUUUGUACUCCCUGCUUAAAGGGACACUCGGCUCUGUCCCAGACAUCACCUCCUGAGCCAGGCAGCUGCGUGAGUGAUUUAGCUGCGUCCGUCAGAGCUCUAAAGCUUCUUGUUUUGAGCCGCCGGCGCGCGCCGGGAUGUUCGUCCUGGUGGAGAUGGUGGACACCGUGCGGAUACCCCCGUGGCAGUUUGAGAGGAAACUCAACGACUCCAUCGCGGAGGAGCUGAACAAGAAAUUGGCCAACAAGGUUGUGUACAACGUGGGACUCUGCAUCUGUUUGUUUGAUAUCACCAAGCUGGAGGAUGCCUAUGUGUUCCCAGGAGACGGCGCAUCACACACCAAAGUUCAUUUCCGCUACGUGGUGUUCCACCCCUUCCUGGAUGAGAUUCUGAUUGGGAAGAUCAAGGGUUGCAGCCCAGAGGGGGUACAUGUCUCUCUAGGGUUCUUUGAAGACAUUCUCAUUCCCCCAGAGUCACUGCAGCAGCCUGCUAAGUUUGAUGAAACAGAGCAGGUUUGGGUGUGGGAGUAUGAGACAGAAGAAGGAGCGCAUGACCUGUACAUGGACACGGGGGAAGAGAUCCGCUUCCGGGUAGUGGAUGAGAGCUUUGUGGACACGUCCCCCACAGGGCCCAGCUCAGCUGAGGCCACCUCUUCCAGUGAGGAGCUGCCAAAAAAGGAGGCGCCCUACACACUUGUGGGAUCCAUCAGUGAGCCGGGCCUGGGUCUCCUCUCCUGGUGGACCAGCAACUAGCCCAGGGGCUCAGUGAAGACUUGUUUACCCACCCCAGCCGUGGGAAGGUGGAGCAGUGAAGAUAGCCAUGCAGAAGCUAAGGAGAAUCUGCCUUCCAGAGGCAGGCUGGUUGGGGCCAGGAGUGGCCCCUGCCCGUCCCUUCUCCAGUCCCGGACCUGCUCCUUUUGAAAGCCUCCCCUAACGGUCUGACCUGGUGGACUGUUUUAUCAUGAGCUACCUAUGUAGCUGAGGAUGACCUUGAACUUCUGAGCAUCCUCCCUCCACCUCUUAAGCACUGGGAUUACAAGUGUCACCACACCCACAUUUAUUGUUGGAGACAAUGUCUUAUGUAGCCAAAGCUUGCCUCCCAGCUAUAUAACUGAGCUAAAUUCCUAACCUUCCUGCCUUCACCUUCCAAGGAUGGGGUCACAGGUAUGCAGCACGCCUCUGCCGAGAAUGGCUUGCAUGCUGGCCAAGUGCUCGGCUGUGGAGCUAGCCCCGCGCUCCUUCCCUUUGGCCUGCUAGCAUCGUCAUUCAUCACACAGCGGUACCAGCAGGGAAGAGGACCCCCUUGUCCUUCCUCCUAGUGUCAGAGUGGCCUUGAACUCAGGUGACCCUCCUACCUCUGCCUCCUGAGCACUGGGAUUAAAGACGUGCACCACCACACCUAGCUCCCUUCUUCUUUUUUUGGGGAGGAGGUGGUGGUGGUGGUGGUGGUGAGGUAGGGUCUCACUCUCGCUGUAGCCCAAGCUGGCCUCAAACACAAGUGUGUGCCACCAUGCCCGGCUCAAGGUACAUUUGGGAAUGACCUUUCCCAAGUCUCCAAAAUGGCAGGACAUAGAGGUUGAGAGUAGGUGGCUAAACAGUAAAGGGAGAGACAACGUCUGGUGCACUUCUGGGCCCUGCUGUUAGUUGCUGAUGGGGCUAGAGCACAAAGGAGCAGCUGCCUCCCCCCAGAAAAUGGAGGCUGUGGAUUUUGUUCCCAGUGUCAUCCUGUGCUGUACAGGAAGCCUGUUCUGUCCCUGUGCACCCUGGGGGGCUGCUGCCGCCACCCCAAUCUGCGCAGAUAAUGAGAGAGUGGUUUGAUCGGGAUAUCAAUGCAGUGAGUGCUGUCCUGUGACGGCACCUCCAGAGCUUCCUGGGCCUUUUCAGUUCACAGAGCUCAGCAGUGUUUGUGUGGUGGUUAGUAUCAGAUGAUAUUACCUAAUAAAAAGCCUGGGUUUUGUUGUUA